AUAAGCAGCACCGAAGCUCGACGAGAGAAUUAAAAAAAAAAACGUUCUCGCGCGAUUUUUUUCGCGACCGAACGAACGAAAACGCGUGCGUAUUCGACUCGCGAUCUGAUAAUUCGCUCUCCGGACGGAGAAACGCGGUUUCGAGAGCACGAACUCUCGGAUCGCGCGACCGCGGAUUCGAGUCGUUUUUUUUUCCGCACAACAAACACAUUUAACCGUGUGUGUGUUUAUUCGCGUUGAUUUUUUUUGUUUUUGGCUCACGGGAUUGCUGGUCGUGUGUCAAUCUCGAACCCUUUUUUCGCAAAAUUAACGUAAGAACGAAAGAGAAAUACAAUCAUAAUUUUUAUUUUUCCGCUUUCUGACAGUUUCCACAUCGGCAACGCAGAGAUUUUUUAAAUCCCGUUGGCAGUAAACGUGUUGGCAGUUGUCGAUGUUCGUCAGAUCGAUCUGAGAAGAACCUUGGGCGAUGCGGCGAUUUUCCACGUCCGGACGCGCAGUGAGACGACGAGGAUGAAUUUUUCCCAGGUGACAGGUGCUAGACGUUAGCUCUCAACGGAGAUAAAUAAAUGAGAAAAAAAAAAACGGGGGAUCUCGAUCGCACGAUGAGUGACUACAAGAUACCGAUAAUCGAGCCGACGAUAGAUUACGCCAAGGUACCGCCGAUCAACCAGAAGCGAACGGUCUCCUUCAUCAAUCACUUUAUCACUCACACAGUCACGUUUUUGAACAAGUUCGCCCUGUCCUGCGAGGAGAGACUGUUCGAGUUCGAGAACAAGUUGCAAAAGUUAGAAGCGUCGCUAGAGAUAUUGGAAUCGCGGUUGUCUUCUAUACCUGGUUUGGAUCAAGAAAAAGACAAGGAGACAAAUAAUGCUGAUGAGAACAGCGCAACCAAGUUGGAAGACGCGGAAGUGAGCAAGGUGGAACAGUCGGAUAACGAUGAGGUAGAGCCUCCUAAAGAGGAGGAAAAGAACGUACAGUCCGCAGAUAAAGAUCCUCGCUACGAAAAGUACUUUAGGAUGUUACACUUUGGAGUACCGAAACAAGCGGUCAAACUGAAGAUGGAACAGGAAGGACUGGAUGCGUCUAUAUUGGAGUGA